GAAAGCUGCUUUGAAGAUAAUUUUGUAUAUUUUAUUUAUCUGAAAAGCCAUCAAAUGAUUUAUUGUGUUAAAACUGGAAAAUUUCAUGGGGUCUGUGGGUCAGACUACUUGAGUGAGCACACACACAUUUUUCUAUGUAUUUACACUUUGCAUGUAUAGUAUGUGUGCUAUGUAUGCCUUGUCUGAGAUUUUCUUUUGUUAGCGCCAUCUCUUGGCAAACUGAGGUAAUGUGAUAUUGGAAUCAGCUCUGGAGAUUCUGUUUGAGUUUUUGAAUCAACAUAAAUCUAAAGCAUCCUACAUGGGAUUGCCCUAAUUAAGAAGAUUUCAAGAGGCAAAGAGUUUUCACGGAAUUAUUAGCAAUUGCUUCAUGUCAGAUUACACAGAAGAGAAUGAACGAAGAAUUAAAGGAUGGCAUGAAAUUUACAUUCCCGUCGUGACCUUUGUUUUUUGUUAUUAAACUCUCGAACAAGUCUCCAGUUACAGUGAAAACUCUUUACAAAGAUUUAUCAUCAUUACCAAAGAAGAUUCAAGAUGUCUGAGCCUGUUGAAUCUAAGCAAGUCACAGCUAAUGGCGGUGGUGAUGCAAGUGUAAGAACACGGAAGCCAACUGAGAAGGGACUUCAACAUCAGUUGGAUGCUAAGCUUAAAGUCUGGAAAAGUUCUAUUACUAAAUGGAGAAGGCUUUCUAACAAACUUAGAGAGCUUCUAGUUGAAGAUGAUGUUGAAUCUUCGGUGAUUAAAGAUGGCCGUGAUAAUUUGCAAGCAGCCAUGGACAAUGUCAUCUCAGUGCAGGAGAGUUUAGCUGAAUUGUCUUCAUCCAUGAAUGUUAACGAUGGCAGUGAGGAGAAAUUGGAUGAAAUUGAAGAGGAACAUUCUUCCUUGAUGAAGGACACUUUAAAGAUGCUUCUUGCACUACGAGGCGAAAUGUCUUCACAUAAAGGAACUUCUCACUUGUCCGUCUCGUCAACUUCACGAAAGCUGUGCCAGGAUUGGGUAGAUGAUUCAAGGAAGGUAAAUUCUCCAAAGGAAAGGGACAUUACCACGACGAGAAGGAUCGAGGAACCAACCGAUGAUCCUGAAGCAGCGUCACACAAGAAUACGCAUACAUCAAGCCAUCAUAAAGAAGAAGUUGCCCUUGCUAGUAGUUUGACGGAACUUCUUCGCUUGAACAGACUUCCAAUACCUGAGCCUGGAGUUUUCGAUGGUAAUCCACUAGAAUACACAUCAUGGAAGCGAAGCUAUGAUGCUCUCAUUGAACAUCGCGGUAUUCCAGCCGGAGAGAGAUUUUACUUCCUGCUGAAGUAUCUUAAAGGUGCACCAUUGGUGUUAGUGAAAGGAUACUCCAUGCUAGGAGAUGACGCUGCAUAUGUGGAAGCCAUGAAGGUGUUACAAGAGAGGUAUGGAAAUCCCUUUGUUAUUUCAAAUGCCUUCCGGGACAAACUUGAUGACUGGCCUAAAAUCAGCCCCAAGGACUAUUUAGGUCUUCGGAGAUUUGGAGAUUUUCUUCACCAGUGUUGUACAGCAGCCAGAUAUGUCCAUCACUUACAUCAUUUGGAUGAUGAAAGAGAGAACAAAAAAAUGAUGAGCAAACUGCCUGAUUGGCUAAUCACAAGAUGGGGCAGGAAUGUAGUCAAAUGGCGGCAAGACAGAGGAUCCUUUCCUCCCUUUUCUGUCUUCACGGCAUUCAUCAGCGAUGAGGCAGAUAUCGCUUGUGAUCCGAUCACUUCUAAUCAGACGUCCUUGAAAGAUAGGAGACAGCAGUCUUCUAAUGUGAGAACAUUAUCGACCAGUGUGCAGGGACAGCAAGCAAAUGGAGGGAAAGGAAAAUGGAAACCCCUUUGCACUUACUGUAAGGGAGAACAUCAUCUUGCUACUUGUAAAUCCUUCAUGUCACAGACAUUAGAUCACCGAACCAAAUUUGUUUUCGAUCAUGGUCUGUGCUUCGGAUGUUUAAGGUCCGGUCAUCUAUCUAAGAAUUGUAAGAAGAGGUCAUCAUGUUCAACAUGCAAAAGACGUCACCCCACCGUUCUGCAUGAUGAAAACUGGACAGAAAGACAACAAUCUAAGAGAGCUGAAAUAAAGAAUGAAGCUGAGGAAACUCAAACCACAAGAUCUCAUGCUUCAACCAUGAAGGACAAUCACAAAUCUCUAAAGACGUCUACUAUAGUUCCUGUGUGGCUCUCGCAUGAAUCAGUACCUGGGGAGAGGUUAGUGUAUGCUAUGCUGGACACUCAGUCAGACACUAGCUUCAUUUUAGAUAGGACUAAGGAAGCAAUGGGCAUUGAAGGAAUAGCAGUCAACUUGCUUCUUUCGACCAUGACGCUGGCCAAUGAGAGAAUUUCGAGUGAAAAGAUCAGUGGACUUAAGGUUCGAGCAUUCAAUGGACGAGAAGAAAUUUGUUUGCCCCCAACUUACACUCGGAAUAUUAUGCCGGCAAAUCGAGAACACAUACCAACGCCAGACAUUGCUAAGGCGCACCCUCAUCUUAACGACAUAGCCAAACAUUUGAUCCCCCUUCAAGAUUGUGAGAUUGGACUUCUCAUUGGCUAUGAUUGUGCAAGGGCCCUCACUCCGCGAGCUGUGUUAAGCUCCCCUAAUGAUGGUGGACCAUUUGGAUUACAAACUGAUCUUGGAUGGAGUGUUGUCGGUACAAUGGAACCCAACUAUCAUGACAGUGCGCAUGAUCAUAUUGGAAUCAGUCAUCGCGUUAUGGUGCACGUUAUUCCAGAAGAAUUGCAAAUAGAUGGUCAUCCAACCACAGUUACCUUCAGCCAUCAAUCAAGGAUUAAGGAGGAGAUUACUCCAUCUCAAGUCAUACGUCUUUUAGAAGCAGACUUUGCAUCAGAGAAAAGACAAAGGCCAUAUUCGAGGAAUGACUUGAGAUUUCUAGAGAUAAUGGAGCAUCAAGUUCACGUGUCUGAAAGUGGUCAUUAUGAGAUGCCCCUGCCAUUCCGUGACGAUAACCCUACUCUUCCAAAUAAUAGGGUCCUUGCUGAGAAAAGACUCAAUCACCUCAAGGCAAAGUUUAAGAAGGAUCCUGAAUAUCAUGAACAAUACACAAAACAAAUGAAUACCCUCUUCAAUAGCAACUAUGCAGAGGUCGCAUCAGAGUCUGGAGAAGAGGGUAAAGUAUGGUACAUUCCCCAUCAUGGAGUGAACAGCCCAACAAGUUGA